CAACUGAUAUCAAGUUGCCCUGUUGGCAUUUUCGGAACGGAUGGUGAAAAUUCGACAAGGGAACUAGCUCUUACGGAGGGAAAGUUUCGUCAAAAUGGCUACUACUAACCUACCAGCAAUUCCGCACCCGUUAUCGAGGAUGGAGGACCCCACGAAUCUGAAUGUAAGAGGUUUGUCUCGUGACGGUUCGCGUGUUGCUUCACGGCAAAGUUUGACUUUCGGACAAGACCUCGACCGCCAAAAAUUCUGUGCAUUAAGACCUAUAACGGCAGAUCAAGUGCCUUACAGGCUAACUCGUUCGUCGAAUGGCUUUGGUGGACAACGAAGCCCAAGAUACGACGGAUUUGCGGGCAUUCCAGAAGGUGUGGAAGUGAAAAUCGCUGAAGAUCCCAAUAAGCCAACAAUACCAAUUUUCGGGAGCCGUGCGGACAUGGCUAGUCGGGCUGAAAGCCGCCUAUCUCGACUGAACAGUGCAGCAUCCUCUCUAAAGGGUCCUGACAGAGCUUCAGUUGAUGAGGUUACGACUCGAUCACAAAAUGAUGAUUUCUUACGAUGAGUUUUAUGCUGCGUUUAGGCCACCAAAGAAAGCUGACGAGGGCCCAGCUUGGCUGCAGCUGGAGAAACCCGAUUUAAAGUACAUGUCAGCCGCUCAAGUAAAUGCACAUCUCAAGGAGAAAGUAAAACAAAGGUUUUUGGAUGUAGCAGAACUUAUCCCGCAAAUGAACCCCGGAGGCUCGGGACGAAUCCUCAAGCCUGAACUGCGGAACGUCCUCAACAAGAUGGGCUUCUACAUGGAGGACGACGAGUUUGAAAAACUCUGGCAAAAAUACGACACAGAGAACUACGGAACGAUCCGCGCAGAGCGAUUAAUGAGUAGGCUUGGUAUUGCCAUGAAGGACACGGGAUCAAGAGAAGUAUCGAGCUCACCGAAGAAGCUUGAAGCGGAAAGGAAGCACUCUUUGGAUGUAGAGAGAUGGUUGAAGAGGAAAUUCCGCGAAGGUUUCUCGGACAUGAAGCACGCUUUUAUGGAAUUAGAUCUGGACAGGAUAGGAAAAGUUAGUCUUGAUGAUUUCAGACUGGUCAUGAAAGAUUUUGGCUUGCGCCUCGACACCGAUAAACAACUCGAAGAUUUCAAUGCAAGAUGCGGCAUCGAAGCUUCCAACGGCAAGAUUUCGUACAAAGAAUUUUUGCGUCGUUUUCAAGAUCGCAGCGAGCAAGGAAUGCCACACAAGAUUUUGGCCAAUCCACUUCACAGGUACCAUCACAGUGAAGGUGGAAGUAACUACUCAACAACCUCAGCCGUAGAAGCCAGAAUAAUGGACAUGUUUCAGAAGGAGUUCUUAGCCCUGCUGGGUACAUUCCACAAUAUCGACCGUAAAGAUUCUGGUCUACUGACUCAACAACAAUUCCGUGCGGCUAUCGAAGGAAGAUUCGAGUUGAACAUGUCAGAACAGGAGUUUGAAUCUUUUCUGAAGAAAGUUCCCAUCGACAGCGAAGGCAUGGUGAAAUAUGUGGAGUUCAUGUCCAAAUUUGAUACUUUUGAAAGCAAAAGCCUGUUUGAUCGCUCCAGCAUCAUGGACCGGAGAGAAGCUCUUCCUACUCUACCGGAAAUAGACAGCCCACCCAUGUCACCUAAGAAACAAUUUCGACCAAUGAAAACCAUGGAUUCAUACAAUAGCCAGGAAGGACGCAGCGUCGAUGAAUUGAAGGCCCUGAUCAAGAGUUUGCUUCAACAUAAUUACCAGGCCUUUGAGGAGGCCUUUUAUGAACUAGAUGAACUUAACAGCAAGAAAAUGUCACCAAACAUGAUGAUUAAACUUUUAAAAAAGUUUGGUCUUCCUCUAAGUCGCAAUGAAGUUAAACGACUGUGGGAUACCUUAAUCACAGACCAAAGAGGCUCUUUGGAAUACUGGCAGUUUGUGCGGACAUUUGGUUAUUCUCUGGAUUCAGCAGCGUUCCCAAACGCUAAAGUUUCCCCGCCCAAGAGAGGUGACAAUGACUUCAUGAUGCGCUCCAACAAGCUAAACAGCGACAAGCAUCUGUUGCAUCAUUUGCUCAAAUCAAACAUCGACUUCUACUGGGAGACGCUCUGGAGAGAGUUCACCUCUAUUGACCGACAGGGAACUGGGAACGUUUCGAGGAAAGAUUUCACGACUAUUUUGCAAGAUAUGUGCGUUGAACUGACAGACUACGAGUGUCAAGUGUUGUGCGACAAGUUUGAUCUUAAGAAAGAAGGAAGGAUAAAUUACAUCAAGUUUUUAGAACCAUACUCUAAACAUCGACGAGCUCAUCGCCAUGGACACAAUAUGCAAGCUGUCAUGAAGCAUCCGCAGGCUGAGCUGCCAAUGGAUGAUAUCGUUCAAAAACCAAACAAAGGUCUGUCGGCAGUAACAGCAAAGCUUAGGGAUAAGUUGUCAGGAAAAUGGAUAAACCUCAUGCGAGCUUUCAAGAAACUCGACAAAGAUAACAAGGAUUUCCUCACUCUUCAAGAAUUCCGACAUGUUUUAGAGCUCUGCAACGUGGUUUUGGACGAGGAAGAUAUUUAUUACAUUUUAACCGAGUUCAACGAAAAUCGUGGAGAAAAAAUCAGUUAUACCAAAUUCCUGGACAAGAUUAAGUGAUGGUUCUAAAUAGAGUGCUUUGUGUGUGAAGAUAAAAAAUAAUUAAUUUAUUACACGACUCGGGCAGUCAGAGGGCCAAUAACUAAAAUCAACCAAUCAAAA